AUGAGAGGAGCGAUGAGAGGAGCGGUGGAAGAAGUGGUGGAAGAAGCGGUGGAGGAGCGGUGGAAGAAGCGGUGGGAGAAGUGGUGGGAGGAGCGGUGGAAGAAGCGGUGGAGAAGUGGUGGAAGAAGCGGCGAAAGGAGCGAUGAGAGGAGCGGUGAGAGGAGCGGAGGAAGAAGUGGUGGAGAAGUGAAGCAACAACAGAAGCAGGAGGAACGACAGAAGCAGAAGCAACAACAGAAGCAGAAGGAACGACAGAAGCAGAAGCAACAACAGAGGCAACAACAGAAGCAGAAGGAACGACAGAAGCAGAAGCAACAACAGAGGCAGCAACAGAAGCAGAAGGAACGACAGAAGCAGAAGCAACAACAGGAGCAGAAGGAACGACAGAAGCAGAAGCAACAACAGAAGCAGAAGACGCGACAGAAGCACAGAAGAAGCAGCAACUACAGAAGCAGAAGCAACAACAGAAGAAGUAGCAACAACAGAAGCAGAAGCAACAACAGAAGAAGUAGCAACAACAGAAGCAGAAGCAACAACGGAAGCAGAGGCAACUACAGAAGCAGCGGGAACAACAGAAGAAGUAGUAACAACAGAAGCAGAAGCAACGACGGAAGCAGUAGCAACAACAGAAGCAGAAGCAACGACGGAAGCAUCAACUACAACAGCUACAACUGUAGGAACAACCACAACAAUACAGACGCCAGUAAAGAAGGCAAAAGGCAAGAAGAGGGGAAGGAAAGAAAGACGGGGUAGGAAAGAAAGACGGGGUAGGAAAGGCAAGCGGGGAAAGACGGGCAGACAGAGGAAAAGCAGAAGGCCGAAGGGGAAAAAGCCCAAGAAACCCAAAGGAAAAGGAAGAAGGCAUUAAACAGACUGCUUCGGUGUGUGAAUUGAUGGCAGAAGGAGAGUGAUGCAUUAAAAUAUUAACAAGA